GUCUCCCGCUGGUCUGUCUCAAUUCUCAUAUUCUCAUCGGCCUUUCUCUAUAUAAAGCUCACGGAUCGAGAGAGACAAGAUAAACCACUUAAACGAUCAGACAAUUAAGUUUAUUUGUCGGAAAAUGGACGAUAUCAACCAAGAACUCAACAAUUACUGGGAACCCAACUCCUUCCUCCAAAACGAAGAGUUUGAAUAUGACAGCUGGCCGUUGGAGGAAGCUAUUUCCGGAUCAUAUGAUUCGAGUUCGCCUGACGGUGCGGCUGCGUCUCCGGCUUCAAAGAAUAUUGUGUUGGAGAGAAACAGAAGGCAAAAGCUUAACCAGAGGCUCUUUGCUCUUCGAGCAGUUGUUCCUAAUAUCACUAAGAUGGAUAAAGCAUCAAUACUCAAAGAUGCUAUAAGUUACAUACAAGGAUUACAAUAUGAAGAAACGAAGCUCGAAGCUGAGAUCAGAGAACUUGAAUCUACACCAAAGAGUAGCCUGAGUUUUGGUAAAGAUUUUGACCGUGACUUACUGGUUCCUGUCACAUCUAAGAGAAUGAAGCAGCUUGAUUCUGGUUCUUCCCGUUCUCUCAUCGAAGUUCUUGAAUUGAAGGUAACAUUCAUGGGAGAGAGGACAAUGGUGGUGAAUGUAACAUGUGAUAAGAGAACAGAUACAAUGGUGAAACUGUGUGAAGUUCUUGAGUCAUUGAAUCUCAUAAUCAUCACUUCCAAUCUCAACUCUUUCUCCGGCAUGAUCUUCAACACUCUCUUCAUUGAGGCGGAUGAAGAAGAACAAGAGGUGUUGAGGUUGAAAAUAGAAUCAGGAAUAGGAGCUUAUAAUGGAGCUCAGAGCCCUACUUGGAGCAUGGACUCUCUAUACUAAAAAGUUUGUGUUUUGAAUUAUCUCUACAAAAAAAUAGUAUAUAUUUUUCAUUUUCUUCUCCCUUCGUUUUGUUUGCCCAUCACGAAGACUUCUUUUGCGUCUAUAUAAUGUCUAUAUAAUCGUAAUCGUACGCAUUGUUUUUUUUUUU